CUUCGGUUCUUGCUGUGCGACUGCUGCGACUUCUUCUGAGUUCCUGCGAGUUCUGCGCCUUCUUCCUCAACUCAACUGUGACGCCUUCUUCCUCAGCUCGUCGCUCAUCUUUCAUUCUCAGAUGGCAGAAGUUGAAAGUAGAGUAAGUGGGGUGGGUUCAUCUGAAAGCGAAAUCACAUCUUCACCUACAAAUUCAGUUGAAACUAGUCAAGGCCAAAAAAAAAGAAAAUCUGUACAAUGUAGAUCAACUGCUUGGGAUCAUUUUGAAAAGUUUAAAGAUGAUAAUGGAGGUGAUAGAGCAAAGUGUAGAUAUUGUGGUCGUGAUUAUAAGGCUGAUUCACGAUUGAAUGGAACAACAUCAUUGAAUACUCAUUUAAAGAAGUGUCCAAAAAUACCACGAAAAGUUGAUAAUACUCAAACACAAUUGUGUUUACAAAAGGAUGGGCAAAUUAAUGGUGUGGUGCUUUGGAAAUUUGAACAAGAACUAGUUAGGAGGGCUUUAGUUGAGAUGGUAAUUACGGAGGAAUUACCUUUUAGUUUUGUUGAAAAGAAAGGCUUUACGAAGUUUAUGAGCAUAGCCCAACCUCUAUUUAAUGUUCCUUCUCGUAGGACAAUUACAAGGGAUUGUUUUCAAGUUUACAAUGAAGAAAGGCUUACACUAAUGAAAAAUUUCAGAGAAGUAAAACCAAAAAUUUGCCUUACCACAGACACAUGGACUUCAUUACAAAGAAUUAACUAUAUGUGUUUGACGGGUCAUUUUAUUGAUAGAGAUUGGGUGUUGCAUAAAAGAAUACUAAAUUUUUGCCCUAUCUCUAGUCAUAAGGGUGACGAAAUGGCAAAAGUUAUUGGUAAUUGUUUGCUUGAAUAGAAAUUGGAUAAGGUAUUCAUUGUUACUGUUGAUAAUGCUUCUUCGAAUGAUGUCACGGUCAAAGAAUUGUCCAAACAACUAGAUAUGUGGAAAACUAAUUCGAUGAGUGGUAAGCAUCUUCAUGUGAGAUGCAUGGCUCACAUACUUAAUCUAAUUGUGCAAGAUGGUUUGAAGGAAAUUGAUGUUUCUGUAAAACGUGUUAGACAAGCUGUGAGGUAUGUGAGAUCAUCUCCGCAAAGGUCCUUAAAGUUUAGGGAAUGUUGUGCACAUCAAGAGGUAGAAUGUAGCAAAAUAUUGUGUUUGGAUGUUCCUACAAGGUGGAAUUCCACCUACUUGAUGUUAGAAACGGCACAAAACUUUGAGAAGGCCUUUGACAAGCUUCAUCUUUUUGAUGAUGGAUUUUCUACUCAUCUUUGUACGCAUGUUUGUGAAGAUGGGAAUAUUGCAGGUCCAUUUGUAUGUGAUGAUUGGGUGAAUGUGAGAAACGUGAUAAAGUUUCUUGAAAGAUUUCACGAGCUCACCGAAAAAAUUUCAGGUUCACGUUAUGUUACUUCUAAUUGUCAUUUUGAGGAUAUAUGUGAGCUUGAUAGUCAUUUGAAAGCUUGUUUAGCUAGUGAUGAUACUAAUUUGAGUAAGAUGUCAGGGAAGAUGAAAGAAAAGUUUAAAAAAUAUUGGGGUGAACCGGAAAAGAUGAAUAAAAUGAUAUUCAUUUCUUCUGUAUUAGAUCCUCAUAAUAAAUUAGAGUAUGUUGGUUUUGCACUUGAGAAAAUGUUCGGGGAGGGACCAGGGAAGAAAUUAUCUGCCGAAGUGGAUGCUUAUUUAAAUUCUUUGUUUGGGGAGUAUAAAAAAAAUACUCCAAAGGAUGUUAUCUUCAAUCAUCUCCAUCUAAAUCUACUUCAUCUUAUGACACAUUUGAGCCAUCUAGUGAAAAUGUGAGAACAAAAUCUGUGAGAACAAAGCAAUUGUUGAAAAGGCAAAAGGAAGACUCUAGAAGUGUAGGUGCUAAAUCUGAGUUGGAAAGAUAUAUUGGUGAAGGACAAGAGCAGUUGUCUAAUGAUUCUAAUGACUUUAAAAUCUUAGAUUGGUGGAAAAUUAAUGCGCCUCAAUUUCCUAUUCUAUCC